CCUCCCCACCCUGGGAUGCCAUGAGUCAUCCCUGCUGCUGCUGCCGCUGCUGCUUCCACGCCGCUGCUUCCACGCUGCCGCCGGCGGUCUGGAAGCUCCUUCCCCGGCGUUAGUUCGGAAUCCAUUCGGCGGGCAGCGUUUUGCCCGGGCGGCGUAGCGGGCCUCGGGGAGGGGUUCCUCCUGCCCUGGAAGAGGAGGAUGCCUCUCUUCAGGACGGCGCUGAGGGUCUCCAACCGCUCCAUUCUCGUCUUCAUCUUCAUCUUCUCCUUUUCUUCCUCUUGCCUUUAUUUCAUCUAUGUGGCUCCUGGCAUAGAUUAUCCUGAUGGCAACAGUACAACUGAUAAUAUUGCUCAGACAGCGAUGUAUCUUCCAGAAAACUUCACUUAUUCUCCUUCUCAACCUUGUCCAGAAAAAUUGCCCUCCAUGAGAGGCUUUAUUGAAGCCAAUAUGAGUGAAAUCAGUUUGGAUGAAAUUCAGCAGAUGUUUUCUAAAGAUUUAGACAUUGAACCAGGUGGUCACUGGAAGCCAAAAGACUGUAAACCACGCUGGAAGGUUGCAAUACUCAUCCCUUUUCGCAAUCGUCAUGAACACCUUCCUAUAUUUUUUCGACACUUAAUACCAGUGUUACAGAAGCAGAGGCUAGAAUUUGCUUUUUAUGUUGUUGAACAGAUAGGAACACAGCCUUUUAACCGAGCAAUGCUGUUUAAUAUUGGCUUCAAGGAAGCUAUGAAGGAUGGUGACUGGGACUGUGUAAUCUUCCAUGAUGUGGAUCAUUUACCAGAAAACGAUAGAAAUUAUUAUGGAUGUGGUGAAAUGCCACGUCACUUUGCUGCAAAAUUGGAUAAGUAUAUGUACAUUCUUCCAUACAAUGAAUUUUUUGGUGGUGUAAGUGGACUAACAGUAGAACAAUUCAAAAAAAUCAAUGGAUUUCCAAAUGCUUUCUGGGGAUGGGGAGGAGAAGAUGAUGACCUUUGGAACAGGGUCCACUCUGUAGGAUUUAAUGUGACAAGACCAGAAGGAGAACUUGGGAAGUAUAAGUCAAUUCCUCAUCAUCACAGAGGAGAAGUUCAAUUUUUAGGACGAUACAAACUAUUAAGAUAUUCACGAGAGCGUCAAUUUAUUGAUGGUUUAAAUAAUCUACUAUAUAUGCCAUCUAUUCUUGCCAGUAAACUGUAUACUAAUAUCACUGUAAACCUGCUACCAGAACUAGCUCCUGUUCAAGAUUAUUGAUGGAACAGCAGAAUAAACUACUGGAUCAAAAUUUUGUAACACUGGAAAAAUACUAAAUCAGAAUGGAAAAUGCAUUGCUCAACAUCUACAACAAGAGUAAAAUGGAUACAGAUCUCAUUUACAUUAUGGAUUAGUUCUUCUGCAGAUGUCUUGCAGUUGUUUGCGAUAACAAAAUUACUUAUCUUUGUUUUCUCCUUACAGCCUCAGCAUAACAACUGAUUAUAGGCUGCUCAUUAAAUAUACAAAGUGAUGUCUAUCAUUCCAAAUAAUUUGCAAUUUGAAGAGAUUAAAAUGGAAAGAUGUUGCUGAUAAAUAUAUAAUUUUGAUUAAAUUAUAUGACCCAAGCAUGCAAAAAACCCUUUACCUUUAAAUCUAGACACCAUAUUCUGUACACUAUUUCUCAAUUCCCAGUUAAUGGAUUUUUGCAAAGCUAAACAUAGUAUUUAUAACAUCCUGUCCUAAUUCAAUAUGGUGACAUUGUUUGAAUGGAGAGGCUUGUCUUAAAUAUUGCCAAUGUGAUGCAUACGUUUUGUAAAAAGUGUGUAUGGGGUGUGCAUGUGCACAUACACUUUGGAAUUACAUUUUUAACCUGCCAGGAAAAAAAAAGUUAUGAUGCAUACCUUUUUCUGCUCAAUUAUACCAUUCGGUAACAGAUCUUUGUACACUAUGAUCCUUUAAAUUAGCUUGCGCUUGGAGUUGGGAGCCAUUCGCUUUCUUUAUGACUUCAUAAUGUAGAAGCAUUGACAGCCUUGUUAUGCUCUCUGGCUUUGGGCAGAAUGCCUUCUAGAACAGUUUUUCAAGAGCAAGAUAAAUAAAUACAUUUCAGAUGAAGCAAUAAAAAUCAUGUAAAUAACGAAGGCUUAGUAAGUGGUAGCAUACUGCUGACCUAGUCUAAGCUCACUAGCUAAGUGGAACAAGUCUUGGUUAGUGCUUGGAUGGGAAAGCUCCAAUCAGAAAAGAAUGCAAUAGCAAAUCACUUCUGUACAGGUAGCCCUCACUUACCAAGUGCAAUCAGGACAGGCAACUCUGUCGCUAAGUGAUGUGGUCAUAAAGUGAAAAAUCACAUGACCAUGCCUUAGGACAGCAGUUCAUCAGUUCUAGUUAUGGUCAUUAAGUGAAUCUCCCAUAGUCAUUAAGCACGAUGUCAUGUGACCAUGACUUGCAACUUCUUGCUGGCUUUCACAUUGACUUUGCUUGUUGGAAGCUGGCAGGGAAGGUCACAAAUGGCGAUCAUGUGACUUUGGGGAUGCUGUGACAGUCGCAACUUUGAGGACUGGUCUUAAGUCUCAUUAUUCAGUGCCAUUGUAAUUUUGAAUGGUCGCUGAACGAGUGGUGCUGCCAUGAAAAGUACAUGAGCGUGUUGACGAAAUCACUAGGAGCUGAAAUUCAGCUUGGAAAACUUGAUUUUAGUUAAUGAAAACCUUAACUGUUUGGGGUUUUUCCUUAAUUCCCCCAACACUAUAUUUUAGGCUAAAAUGAGUGAUUGACAUAGCUGUAGUUUUAUUAGCUUUUUGUCUUGGAUUUUAGGUUGUGUUCUUCAACUGAGUGAAACAUACUUUGAUAUUUAUGUGUAAAUGAUGAGAAUGGUACUCAUAGCAUAUGAGGGGAAGUGUACUUAAUCUGAUUUUACUUUUUCAGGUGUAAGAAGCACAUUAAUGUAUUAACAAGUUCUGAGUAUUGUACAGAAUUGUGCUAUCGCCUAUUAUU